UCACUCGGUAAGCGGAGAAAUUACAUCCAAACAAGCGGUUUCUUCAUCAGCGCGCGUCGUGAAUCGGGUGUCACGGCUUUGUGCUUUAGGAGUUAUCACCGAGAUCUGCUGAAAUACUUCUCGAGCAAUGUAAGGUGUUCAAGAGCUCACAGUGAUGGAGAUGAAUGCCAUAGAUGAGCUGUAUGGUGAUCUGGGUCAGGGGCAUCCUGCUUCCGUCCUGAAUUACGAUGAAGACUCUGUGGAUAUUUACUCAGGACUUGAGGACAGUCCCAGCAAAAACAAAAACAACAGCAAGGCCGGGUCUUUUCCUUCUCCGAACGCGGUGAAAGAGUCGUUCGAUUUGUACGAGGAGCUCAUCACCGAAGAGCAGGAGGAGAAGGACGCAACCUAUAAUGAGUUGAAAAGUAAAUUUGUCGCGGCACAAAACCAAGUGCAGGAUUUGCUCGCCAAAUUGCAGCAGAUGCAAACUAAGAACUCAAGUUUGCACCAAGAGAACACACUGCUAAAGAAAAACAUAUGUGCACUUAUCAAAACAGCUAAGAUGGAGAUUGUUAGGAAGGACGAGGAAAUAAGCAAAUUAAGCAAAAGAUCGAGUUGGGGUGGUUUCCAUCCAUAUGCAAGGGAAAGAAGACAAGAUGCCUCCAGCAGGAGGUUGCCAGGUUUGAACAGCCCUGUCGGUCCUGUCAAGGAGUCUCAGGAUCUUAAAAAAGAUAAAGUUUUAUCAGCCGAGGUAUCCCAACGUAGAACUUUAAACCAACCUGGUGAUUCGUCCUCGAUGGCUGCUGCACCGGCGUUGUCUGUAGUGCUUCGGACAUGCAACCACGAGAGUCCUUUAAACAGUGCAAAUGAUGAUUCUCGUAGUUUGGAUUAUCCACCUAGUGCUGUUGCACAAGAGCACAGGCCUGUCCAAAGUCACAGAGAAAGAGAAAGCACAAGCUCGAACUCAGAGACUAGCACUAGGCAGAACACUUGUGAUGAAACGGAUAACCGGAAGGAAGAGAAACCAUCUGGGAAAGAGAGCACACUGAGAGAGCAGGGCGUGUCAGAAAAAUCUCAAACUAAAAUGCAUAAAAACAGAUUAGAGACCGAGCAGAGGGAGUCAGCGAAAGGUAGCUGCGGAUCAGAAAGCAAUAAGCAUCAGCAGCAUGACGAUCCGGUAUCGCUCAGGAGAUCUGGUCGCUCGAGGAGUCCUGCGUCCUCGUCCUCGUCCACAUCCGAGCCGUCUAGAUCGAACGCAGACACACAGAGCCGGAAAGAAGAACUGCGGCAUAAGCGAGGACCGGAACGACAGAGCAGGCAUGCAGAGAUGUCCAAUGGGAGGAGCGAAAAGAGCAGCUCAGACAAGUCGCAACGGACGACAGAUAAAAGAGAAACGAGGGAGCAGCAUAGAAAAGAGGACAGGAGGCAAGAGGACACGAGGAAACGCAUCAGGAGUGACAAGGAGUAUGAGUAUAAGAAGACUCACAGUGAGGAAAGACAUAAAUCAGAUGAAAAGAAUAGUAAUAGAGCCGAAAGAAGAAGCACCAGGUCCGAGACUGGCAAGGAACAUGAGAGGCAGAGCGCCAAAGAUUUGAGUGCCGGCAGGGGGGUGGGACAUAAAGCAGACAAAAUACGUUCCGAUGAUGCUAAGGACCGGAGCCGCACCGACGUACGUGAGAACAGACGCCACGCUUCACCUGUUAAACCUCACCGCAGUGCUCAAAAUCAGAGAAAAGAUCAAGAUGACAAAAGGAGAACAUCUGGAAGAACCGUCCAGGAAGAGUCGUCCAGGAGCAAAGCAUCAAGCAGAGGUGACUCUGGUGCAAAUUCUCAUCUAGACAGUGCCAAAGAGAGUGUAAAAGGUAAAGGGAGCGGUAGGGGUGACAAAGACAAGCAAAUUGCCAAAGACAAAGGAUCAAAGACCAGUCCGGAUAAUGCAAGAAACCCUAACAUGAAUGAGGGCAAGAGCGCCCAAGGGGACGUCCAUGCAAGCGCAGGAAGAAAAUCUCCGCCGAGGUUAAGCAGCAACAGUGAUGGUUUGCCCAUUACAGAAGAGAGCAGUCCGAAGAGAAAAUUAUCCUUUAUGGAAACCUUGAACCUGACCGUCUCACCGAUUAAAAAGCACCACAACUCUGAACAAGUUGACGAGGCAGCAGUUUCUGAGCAGCCAUCUCAUCCCGAGGACACCCUAGUGAGCGACUUGGCAACAGAAAGAAGUUUGUUUGAGGUGGGAGAAGAGUUCUGUGUCAUCGAUGAGAUUGAGGAUGACACCCUGGCGCUCCCGGCAAAUCCAGCCACACAACCAUGUGAUAAAGAACCACCAGCAAGCCUGGAGGUCAGGGAACCUGAGUUACCCAAAAGGAUUGAUGAUGACCUGAGUGAAACUCCAUCUGGGAAGGCGAGUGGUACAGACUCAGAAAUGCAAGAAGAUGAGUCCGUUACCAGAGGAGAUGCCGCAGAUGUGUGUUCUACCAGCGAUUCUCAGAAAUCUGUAGCGGCCAUUUCUAAAGUUUCUUUACUCUUUGAAAGUGCUAAAUCGGUCGCCAGUCCCACUGCUCCUUUAACUGAUGAUUCUCAGGCUUCGGCAAAGAAGGAUAAGGAAAUCAGAAGAAUCGAUGGUGAUGAUCCUAGCAAAAAUGUCCAAACAAAUAAUAAACCAGAGGCAUCAAUUCAAAAUGAGAAAUCUCAGCAGGAAGUCAACACUUCAGUCAUGGAAACUGCUCCGACCAGUACGUGUUCAAAUAUGGACUCUACUGUGUCUCUGGAAGUUGUGUCUAGUACUGUUACUGUGGAAAACAACCAAGAAACCAGUACUGGUUUAGACACUGAUAUCACACAGAGCCCUGAGAACCUGGAUCCUUGCCCAGGCCCACUGGUAGAACCAAGCGCUGAGACGAUUAACAUCAACAGCACAGCUCAAGAGGAGAUAGUACCACCUGAACAAGCGAGCUCAUCUGAGCCUGAUUCCACAGAGAACGAGAUGGAGGUCAUCUCCAGGCCUUCCCAGUCUGUAGCGGUGCCUCAUGAUGAAGAUUCCAUGAUGCUCACCCUAAGCAACAUUAAAGUAAUUCCAGAAGCGAUCAGUCCUCUUACAAGUCCAGUACGGCAGGUAAAGAAAUCCCAGCAGCAGCGGUUGGGAAAGGAGAUGCAUGUCAAAAGUCUCAGUAAAGAUUUCUCCAUGUCAGCCAGUGUGGCAGAUAAAGAUGCUGUCAAGAUGGACAUGAACAAAGAAAACAAGAGACCCGAUUCCAUAGCCAAACCUAGCCUCCCAAAAGAUCAGCAAGAGGCUCUCUCUUCUACCGCUACCGAAGAAGACUUGGAAGAAGGGGAAAUAAUCAGUGAGAGCGAAGGGGAAGGGGCGCUAGUCAUUCAGAGUCCUCCAAAUGAAAUAAGAUCAGGUUUAAGGUGUAGUCCCAGAUCACCAGGAUUACAGAAAAAAUCUCAAAUAAGACCCGCCGUUCCUCCCGCCCGCAAAGAACAAGAGAAGAACAACGCUUCUAAAGGCAGUCCGUCCUCGAACAAGAGGCGCUUCAAAACUGUCACCGUUCCACCCAAGGCGAAAAUUUCCUCUUGUGCUGAUUUUAUGAACAUGUUGUCAUUUAUACGCUCAGAGCUGAGACGGAAGUACAUGAAACUCCAUAAAAACGUCACCAAACCCGCUUUUUGCUGCAUCAUCGAAAUGUCUCAGGCCUCUUUCACGGAAUUUGUCGACAGUGUCAACUUUCACAAAUUUUGCUGUCAAGGAAACGAGGUCAAAUCUCGGCUCAAUAAGAUCAUCUGUUCCGUAACGAGCAAGGUCUCGAACAACGGCAUCGUGAACCGUAUCUUUGAGCAACGGGCCGAAGACCUCAAGCAGAAGCUGUGGAACUUUGUAGACGGCCAGUUUGAUUUCUUGUUCAAGGAACUAAAGGCAGCUCUUAAAAGCGAUCCAGGUCUUUCUAAAAACAAACCUUGUUUAGAAGGAAAGCAGUCAAAUGCUAACAUUAAGGAAGCUUUGAAUGCGGAUUUGUGUAGGAUACAACCUAAAGAGCCUUUAAGCACAACUGAAAACAGACCAGAAAAGAAAAUCGAAAGCGAGGGCCAGAAGGUCCAGGAGAAAAUUUCUUCUUUAAUCAGUGUGACAUGUAGAGGCCUUGGGAGCAGUGGUAAAAACAUAAAGGCAACCAUGGAAGAGGGGCCCAACGCACCAGAGCUACCCACAAAUAAUCAGUCUAAUCAGCUACAAGAGGUUUCAUCCUCUGAGAAAUCUCUCCAAGAAGUUCUUCCUGUAAACGAGAACAGAACCUCCUGCUAUACCCGUCGUCUUUCUCACAGUGGAUCGACACAUGAUCGAUCAGACUUUGAAAUUCUGACCGAACAGCAAGCAUCAAGUUUGACCUUUAAUCUGGUGUCAGAUUCCCAAAUGGGGGAUAUCUUCAGAUGUCUCUUGCAAGGAUCCGAUCUGCUGGAGAGCGUUGAUAAUCACAGCUGGCCUCUUAACACUCCAAGGAAAGACUGUCAAGCCGGAACAAGUCUCAUUGGCAUCAUGACGCCCAGCAAGAUGAUCACACCACAGAAGCUUCUUACAUCAUGGACAUCCAUUUCACCGUACAAAUAUCAAAUGCCAUUGAAUCCAGCUCUCCUUGAUGAAAACUGCAUGCUGGAAGUUCCUUCUAACUCAUCUGUCCAGACUGUGACUACAGUGACUUCCCAUCAGCCUUUCUCGAUUUUGGCUGAAGAUCUGGCUGUAUCCCUGACCAUACCCUCACCUCUGAAGUCAGACGGCCACUUGAGCUUUCUGCACCCAGCUAACGAACAGCAGCUGUGCACGCCAGCCACCAUCAUUAGUGCCCAUUAUUGCGAAGAUGCGCUUCUUGAUGGGGAAGAUGCCACCGAGCAAGAUAUUCACUUGUCUCUUGAAACGGACAACUCCAGCAGCCCGUCGACCGUCAGUGGAAAUUGGGGGGCGCCGGAUCCUGCCGUGUUCCAGUUCAAGCCAAACUUGCCUAUGCAGGCAGAGGUGACUGAGAAGUCCAAUGAUCACUUCAUAGUUCGGAUCAGGCAUACAUCUCUAGGCGUAGAAGAGGAGCCUCAACAGGAGCGGAAAGAAACACCGCCUGCUGAAGAUGUUUUGUCCUCACUACAAAGUGAGGCCAUGCAAACCAUUGCAGGUCAGCUUCAGGUCAUCUCAAAUGAAAGAAGCGAAGCUGAAAUACCAAGUAUAAACACCUCAAAAGAUCCUGCCACAUUGCCUAAAACCACAGAGAACCUGAUUGAGCAAGUUGAUGAUAAUGUUGCUCAUGAUGCCGCCACAGAAGUUACUGCCGCCGCAGACUCGGAACAUGGGCUAAAAAACUCGUGCCACAGGGUCUCCAGGAAGCGUAAGAAGCAUCAUUCGGCGCCAAAAGCGAAGCGUUCUAAAAGAGAGAAAUCACAAGAUAAGCCAGAAAAGCCAAAGCACAAAAAGAGGUCGAAAUCAUCCAAGGAUAAAAACGAAAAGACUCCAGUGAAGAAGAUCAAGACACCGUCUCCUCAGCUGUCUCCUAACAGUCUCUCUGCUAAGAACGUAAUCAGGAAAAAAGGAGAAGUAGUGGUGACUUGGACCAGGGAGGAAGACCGAGAUAUUCUUGUUGCGCUCAAAACGAAAGGAGCUUCCUCAAAAACAUUUGCCACUCUCUCAUCCAAGUUGAGAAAAUCACAAGCGCAGGUUGAAGAGCGGUUUACCCAGCUCAUGAAACUCUUUAAGAAGAAAGAGAAAAUGGAGACCUGAGAGCCAGUCGAGCCUGUAGUGUAACGUCUAACCGUUCUUCUUCUUGUUUCUGCAAGAGGGCACGUGCCACAAGCAAAGAAACCAGCAUAAUGUACUUGUCACUGGAUUUUGAUAAGCUGGAGAUUUUUUUUUUUUUCUUAUUUCGGUGUUAUUUUAUACAGUUUUAUUAUUUUGUGGACAAAAACACUGCAAGAUAGAAGAUCUGCAGUACUAUGGUUUGAGAGGCACUCUUUUCUAUUUUGGCACCUCGGGUUUAGUUUAUAGGUCAUUAUGUUAGAUUCUAAGCAUCAGCCAAAAUUUGGAGAUGCUUACAGCGUCCUGUCUAUCCAUACAGUCAAUUCUCUUUAAAUAAAGGUGAAAGAUCAGCUGUUACAAAUUAAUAACAGCUAAAACAAAUGGUUUUUGAACAGAUCCUGAGGUGAUUUAAUGGCUUUCCGUUAAAGACACAGGAGUCAAUUUUAGCCUAGUAUCUACCUCUAAGAGACCGGAAUAAGCAUGCUUAAACAAGAAGGGGAAAAAAGUGUGAGAGGACAUAAAGCCUGACAGAUUAUACACCUGUGUUCAUUAACUACCCAAAAAAUGUAAAAUGACGUUGUUCCCCUUGUUUGCAUAUAAUUAUCUUUCAAAAAUCUUAGCAAUUCAGAUGAAACCCAUCUUGAAGCAGUGGAAACUGUUAUCUCAAAGCCUCCAAUUAAACAUAUGUUCAGUUAUUCAUGACAUUUCAUAAUAAUCCCUAUAAAAGUGAUAUUUGGAAAAAAAAAAAUUUUUUUAGUUUUAAAUCCUGAGUUCCGAGUCAUUUUCUUUUUUCUCAGAUUAAUUCUAGAUCUGCAGGUUUGUCUUGUAUAUAUGAAAAAUAGGAAAGUUGUUGGAAGGCUUUUAUCACCUUAAUACAUUUAUACCUUUUUUUUCUGAAUGCACCUCUCGUUUGAAUUAAUAUUCUGUAAAUAUUGUAAAAUGCAGGAAAGUUUUUCACUUUU